AUGGCUUUUACAUCUGCCAUACAGACCGGGAGGCAUUCCCCCACAAUCAGCCCUCAUGGACUAGGCGAAGAGCGUAAAGAAGCCGCCAUGGACCGCUCUGAGAAGGAUGCUGUCGUUCGUGACAGUGAAGAAGUACUCGAAGAUGACUCCAAGAAGCUUGCCUACGAUCAUACGCACCGCAAGCUGAAGCCCAGACAUAUCCAGCUCAUCGGUAUCGGUGGCACAGUCGGGACCGUUUUGUACGUCCAGAUUGGUAAGGCACUGAUAGAAGGUGGUCCCGCCAGUCUCUUCCUCGCAUUUAUUAUCUGGUCCGCUGUCAUUCUAUGUAUAACUGUUUGCUUGGCUGAGAUGGUCACAUAUUUGCCCAUCUCCUCGCCCUUUAUCCGCUUUGCAACUCGAUAUGUUGACGAGGCCUUUGGCGUUGCUGCCGGUUACAACUUCUUCAUCUUUCAAGCCGCGAUGGUGCCAUUUGAAGUUACAGCGUGUAACUUGAUUAUCACUUACUGGAGCGAUGCAGUCCCUGUCGCCGCAAUUAUUGUAAUUGUGCUUGUGCUCUUCGGGCUACUCAACAUCUUUGCAGUGAAGUGGUAUGGCGAAGCCGAAUUCUGGCUUUCCUUGAGCAAGGUCUUGCUUAGUGUGGGCCUGAUCUUCUUCACAUUCAUUGUGAUGCUCGGAGGCAACCCUCUUGGCGAUCGCUUUGGAUUCCGUUACUGGAAGAACCCCGGGGCUUUUGCCGAAUACUACAAGACCGGAGAUCUAGGCCGAUGGCUCGGGUUCCUUGCUUGCCUCAUCCAAGCCAGUUUCACGAUCGCCGGUCCUGACUACGUCUCCAUGGCUGCCGGCGAAGCAGUCAACCCCCGCAAAAUCUUGCCCAAAGCGUACAAUGGCAUCUUCUAUCGACUCACCACCUUUUUUGUUCUCGGUGUGCUUUGCAUCGGUAUCUUGGUUCCCUACAAUGAUCCCGACCUGGCUGCUGCAUAUGAGCAAGACCUGCCUGGUGCAGCUGCAUCACCGUAUGUUGUCGCCAUGGAUCGGCUGAAAAUCCCCAUUCUGCCACACAUCGUCAAUGCCAUGGUCCUCCUCGCUGCUUUCAGUGCCGGAAAUAGUUACGUCUACUGCGCCAGCAGAAGUCUGUACGGUCUUGCCCUGGAUGGCAAGGCGCCGCGCAUUCUCACGAAAUGUACAAAAACUGGUGUGCCAAUAUACUGCGUCUUGAUUGUGUUCGUAUUUGCACUGUUGGCUUUCCUACAGGUCUCUAAUGGUUCGGCGGUUGUUCUGAAUUGGUUUGUAAAUCUUGUCACUGCAUCCCAAUUGAUCAACUUUACCGUCAUUACCUUCACCUACACCCGGUUCAGGAAAGCCCUCAUGGCACAGGGUGUCCCUCGCGCAUCCCUCCCCUAUCAGAGCCGAGGCCAGCCCUAUGUCGCGUACAUUGCCCUGGUCUCUACUUUUGUCAUGACCUUCGUGGGCGGCUACACGGUCUUCCUACCCGGCAACUGGGAUAUCCCGACUUUCUUCUUCUCGUAUACCAUGAUCGGGGUGUUUCCUGUUAUAUACGUGGGAUGGAAACUCUGGCAUCGUACAAAGUUCCUGAGUCCUAAGGAAGUUGAUAUCGUUACUGGAGUAGAAGAAGUGGAAGUUUAUACAGGGAAUUAUGUUGAGGAACCAUCGAGUAACGCGUUCACGAGAUUCAACGAUAUGGUUUUCGGUUAG